AUGGACUGUAACUGCGUCAGCGAUCUGCUGCUCCCCCCGGUGCCCGCACUCUGGACGCCAGGGUUCGCUUUCCCGGACUGGGCCUACAAGCCGGAGUCCAGCCCGGGAUCGCGGCAGAUCCAGCUGUGGCACUUCAUCUUGGAACUGCUGCAGAAGGAGGAGUACCAAGGGGUGAUCGCGUGGCAGGGCGACUAUGGCGAGUUCGUCAUCAAGGACCCCGAUGAGGUGGCCCGACUCUGGGGGAUCCGGAAGUGUAAACCUCAUAUGAACUACGAUAAGCUGAGCAGGGCGCUGAGGUAUUACUACAACAAGCGCAUUUUGCACAAAACCAAAGGGAAGCGCUUCACGUACAAGUUUAACUUCAGCAAGGUGGUGCUGGUCAAUUACCCCAUCCUGGAUAUGGCCAACUCACCCUUCUUCCUGGCCCAGAACCAUUUCAAUGGAGGCGCGACCGCACCCGACUGCAGCCCGGAGGCCAUCCAGUCCCUGUUUCCUCGUUUGCCAGACUCGGGACGAGCCUCCUCCCUGUUUGAUCGAGGGAGCGCGCCGCCGGGGCCGGAGGGAGACAAGCUCCGACUGGACACAUUUCCUUUCCUCGGUUCAGGUGCACCCUGCUACACCAAACCUCCGUCCCUCCUGGGUGCAUACCCCCGCAGCCCACCCUUCGAUUAUCCGUGGGGCUUUAACCCCUAUCUCCCAGGGGCCUUCUCCCUCAACAACUGCCCGAAACUGCCCCCCGGCUCCCUCUACCCCUCCCAGUUCUACCCCGGCCCCCUGCCGAGCGGCCUGUCCCAACUGCCGCACCCCUUCUCCAGCCUGUUGCCCCCAGGAGAAGGCGAGAGGGGAGCAACGGGGCUCCAGCCCGGCCGCCCCGGCCUUCCGCCCUACCCAGGGAGCCUGUCGCUGGGCCGCCUGGAUCUCGGCGACCCUCCUGUGGGCGGGGAGCGUGCAGGGGGCACGCCCCCAAGCCAUGGGCCAGGUCGCCACAGCCCCUCGGAGAGGCGGGGAGGCGUCAAACGGGACGCCGAGUCCGACUCGGACCUGGAGAUCACUGACCUGAGUGACUGCAGCUCGGACAACGAGCACGACUUGGCCAAGGACGCCGCGCCGGGCGGGAAGAAGGCCAUGGUCCCGCCCCUGCUGCCACCUGUACACACCCACCCUCUGAAGGGCCUGCUGCCCCUCGGCCCGCCUCCGCCACCUCCGGUCAUGUUGCACGAACGCCACAGGGAGACAGAGACCCUAAAAAUGAUCCACAGCUAA